AUGUACCUUCAAAAAACAGUUAUUCAGCUCAGCACACAGCAAUGCAUUAUCAUACAAGGACAUGGUGCCCACAUCAUUGUGACUCCUGAAGACGGCAUCUAUGGCUGGCGAUUCACAAGAGAAUCCAUCUACCCCUACCUGGAGAAUAUCCCUGAUCCAGUGGUGAAUUGGAUUCCCUGCACUGACCCCUCAAGAUUUGGUCCAGCACCAGUGCAGGAACGACUCAGCUGCAUGGCCAGAAAUAACUCCAUCUAUGUGGUUGCAAAUAUCGGGGACAAGAAGCCGUGUGACUCCAGCGAUCCCAGCUGCCCCAGGGACGGUCGCUACCAGUACAACACGGAUGUCGUCUUUGACGCACAGGGCAAACUGGUGGCUCGGUACCAUAAGUAUAAUCUCUUCCUAGGAGAAGAUCAGUUUAAUUAUCCAAAAGAGCCAGAAGCUGUCACCUUUGAGACUCCUUUCGGAAAGUUUGGCAUUUUCACUUGCUUUGACAUCCUUUUCUAUGAGCCUGCUGUGGUCCUGGUGAGCAAGAUGCAGGUGGACACCGUGCUCUUCCCAACAGCUUGGAUGAAUGUCCUGCCCUUUCUGACUGCAAUUGAGUUUCACUCUGCUUGGGCUAUGGGCAUGCGUGUCAAUGUCUUAGCUGCCAAUACUCACAACACUAGCAUGGAAAUGACAGGGAGUGGCAUUUAUGCACCAGCUGGAGCCAGAACAUACUCCUACAACAAGAAAACAGAAGAUGGCCACCUCCUCAUUGCUGAACUAGAUGCACACCCUCGUCUUUCUCCUGUCUCCCCACCUGCUGUCAGCUGGAACUCAUAUGCUUUGAGUGUUGAAAGAUUCUCACAGAAUGACCAUGAAUUCACAGGAAUCAUCUUUGAAGACCUCUUUACUUUCACGGAGCUCACUAAGCCUGGGGAGAAUCUUACUGUCUGCCAAAAAAACCUCUGCUGUCACUUGAGCUACAAGAUGGCAGAGAAAAGAGAUGAUGAAGUUUAUGUGCUGGGUGCUUUUGAUGGCCUUCAUGUUAUUGAAGGACAGUACUAUCUGCAGAUCUGCACCCUGCUCAAGUGCCCCAGCACAAACCUGAGCACGUGUGGGCAGCCUGUGGAGACAGCUCAGACCAAGUUUGAGAUGUUCUCCCUCAGUGGCACGUUUGGCACCAGCUACGUCUUCCCAGAAGUGUUGUACAGCGGGGUGCAGCUGGCCCCUGGGGAGUUCAAGGUGCUAGCUGAUGGACGUCUGAUAAAUCAGAACACUACAUCAAAGCCAGUUUUGACUGUAACACUCUAUGGGAGGUGGUAUGAAAAGGACCCUCCAAGCACGGAUCAAGCUUCAGCAUGAUUUCACUGUAGAUCCUUCAAGCCUUCAUCUGCUCAUUUCUGUAAUGCAAAUUAAUCACAAAUGAUAUUAAUUAAUACUAAACAUGUUAAUUAAUACUAAUAUUUCUAAUUAUAACAGCAUUGUAUUCCUCAAUUUGCCUUAUCUAACAGCAUAGUCAUUGCACAUUGAUUUAUUGACUUGAUUUUGCAGCCAAAAUCAAUAUUCUUCUGGAGUGUUGUGGAUUUCUAUAUGAUAACAUACGUUG